AUGAUGAAUGUCCACUACGCUCUCGUUCUUCUCGUUCUUUUAGCUGUCAGUGUCCUUUCGGAUCAAGCGGAUCCUGAUGCGCAAUAUCGAAAAGAUUUGAAACAAAUCAACUACUACAAUUGGCUACUUCAUCGUCAUCGAACUGAAAAGCAGAAGAUCGAGAAAGUCAACAAGUGGGUUCUCGGAAGAAAUAUUGUACUUUUACAAGCAAAUCUUGCUGAUAAUUCUGUUUCCAGUGAUAUCAAAAAUGCUCGACUCGUGAAGUUACAGGAGAUUUUGGACACUCCAGCUCCGCAUAAUGUCUCACUAAUUGCAACGGAAACAGACUUUGCGAAAAUUCGUCGAUUUGUGCACCCGGUUGGAAACAAACCAGUCACUGAGUCGAUUGCAGAACUAACUGCGAUUCUUUCUCCUCAAAGAAGACAAGCAAGACAAGGAGAUGCGGCCGGAAAACAAGAGAAGCCUGAAGGUCUCGUCGAGUUCCAACUUUCCGAAAGAGAAUAUCAGAAAUUUUCCAAAUUUUUGAAUAAGAAGACUAUGAGAAAGAAGUUAACAUAA